UCACUUUCUCUCUAUUUAUGCGUUUGGGCAGAGCUCACUCUCUUUCGUUUAUCCCUUGCAACACAUUCCCACCACCCCUCCUCCACACCUCUUUGUGGGUCAGUGAUGCAGCAGGAGUGACGCAGCAGUGUCAGCGCCUCAUCGGCCUCCAGACGGGCAGCGUCUCAGGAGUGGACUGGAGGGAGAAUCUGUGUGCCCAGGCUGGGCCCAGACACAGGCAGCCAGCCACGAGUAAACAGAGGAGAAGGCAGAAGGGAUGAAUCUCCAAGCAAUUAUUCAAGAGUGAAAGAAGAAUUCAUCCCAGAGAAUGGCAACAAUGAAUCAGCAGAUGACCGUGACGUCUCCCUGCACCCAGGGCUUGAUGGACAGCUCCCAUCCCCAGGCGCUCCUCAGCAGGCUCAACGAGCAGCGCUCCCAGGGCCUCUUCUGUGAUGUCACAAUCGUGGUGGAGGAUGUAAAGUUCCGGGCCCACCGGAACAUCCUGGCUGCCUGCAGCGGAUACUUCCGCAGCGCCUUCACCUCCCCAGAGGUGUGGACUUCCAGCCAGGUGCUGGAGCUCAUGGACCUGAGGUCUGAGGUGUUCGCCAGCAUCCUCAACCUCCUUUACUGUUCCAAGGUGACAUCAUCACCUAGCWCAGAGGACACUAGAUGCCUGAUGGCAGCUGGAAAAAGACUGGGGAUUCCCUUCUUAGAGAAACUAGUGGAACAAGACAGGCAGGACUCAGGUGGGCCACAGAUCCAGACCUCAACCAACCCUGUUAAGACCACAGGCCAUAGUAAGGCCCAAGGGCCCCGUAAAGCAAAGAAAGAGACCUCCAGGCCAGAGGAACCAGACAGUGCAAGAGGCCCACGGAUCACCAAUGCUUUCUCUAUCACUGAGGUGGGUCCCGGGAACAACCUCUUCACCCCACUAGACCUGCACAGGGGGGAGAGGCCAUCACCUGAUCUUGGACAGACCCCAGCGGGCUGCCCUGCCCCCUGCCCCCUCGCAGUGGACAAUGAGCCCAUGCAGGCGCUGUCAGAGCACUCCUACGCAGUCAUUAGCCAGGGACCCAGGGACCCUGAGCACAGGGAUGGCAACCAGGAAGACAACAAGAAGGGCACCAAGCCCACACAGUCCCAACCAAGACAACUGGCCAGCAGGAACAGUGGCCCACUCAAAAAGCGUCACAGACUGCGAGCCGCCUUGAGUAAAAGCACACCUCCAACACCGGCUGUAGCACAUGAACCUGUGCAUCCUACUGGAAGCAGCCCGGCAUUAAUUAAGCCCACUGUACAACCUGUGGGAACGUCACCCCCGUCAUUAUACCCGCAGAUAGUGCAUACAAGCAGGGCCAAUGAGCUGCCUCUAGCCAUUGAUAAUGGCUACAGGGAGCUGGACGCACCUCCACUUUCACCCCACACAGAUGAUAGCAUAUCAAUCUACAGCUGUGAGCACUGUCCAGAGAUAUUCACCAAUAAAGCACUUCUCACCGUACACACAGAAAUGCACAAAAAAAGGUUUGUCAGUCAUUUGUUUUGCAAGUUUUGUCGCAGGAAGUUCAUGCAUUUGAAGAGGUUGCGGAACCACGAGACGGUGUGCACGAAAGCACAGAGGGGCUCGCCUGAACACGAGCCCCAAGGCAAAGAGGCCAGGGCAGACCAUUAUUCAGACAGCAUGCCAAGCAYGRACAAUACAGYAACURAUGUCCAGUUAUCUCCUCCUGAAYUYCCUGACCCUUUCCYUCCAACCAGCCUCCAAAWGAACCCCACGUCAAAAACACUGCAGGCUGUAGAUAGGUUAGUGAAACCUAGUGGAGGCCAGAGGGUCUAUAACUGCAGUGUGUGUAAACGGGCAUAUGUGACCGUCUCCAGUCUGAAGCGCCACGAGAAUGUGCACUCCUGGCAGAGGGCGUACCCCUGUCACUACUGCAAUAAAGUGUUUGCCCUAGCCGAGUAUCGCACCAAACACGAGAUCUGGCACACAGGUGAGCGCCGCUACCAGUGCAUCUUCUGCUUAGAGACCUUCAUGACCUACUACAUCCUAAAGAACCACCAGAAGGCCUUCCACGGAAUCCAUCCCAGAUUGUCUGUGAGUAAGAAGUCAGCAAAUGGUGGAUUUAAGGGCAGCGUUUACCCCAUAAAACUCUACAGGCUUCUGCCUAUGAAGUUUAGAAAGAGACGUUACAAGACUUACAGUCAGACCUAUUCAGAGGAGCUGGGGGGCAGUGAGCAGGCCCCGCUGGGCUGCAGCUCUCCCAUCCCUUCAUUUGAUGAUGGUGGCGCUAUGAGUAACCAAGAUGCUGCUAUAUUCUCAAUGCCUGUGACAUUCAUGGCCACUCCAAAAGUGGUGGCAUCAGUAAUGCCACGCAUCAGUUUUGAUCAGCCCUGUGACCAAGAUGUAGACCAAGUUGCAGGCACAGGAAAACAGGCCUCUCACUCCGAGCAUAAUGGGCCUCCAUAUAGCUAUACAACCCCCUUGGCCAUAAUGCAGGCAGGUGUGGAGUCCCCUGCAAUGGACUAUGGAGAUGGUGCCGCAUUCCAAAGGUUUAAGAACCCGGAGGGCAACAGUCAYAAUCUACCRWUCCUAAAAAUYAACCCACMCAGCUCUCURAACAGGCUAUGUGAGCUCUCAGCUGCAGCMCARAGAAUUGAAGCCAUGACCAGUCAGCUUUUUCUACCAGGGGCUGAGAGCCUGAUGCCUAGCAAGACUGCAGGGGGGGAAACUGAAACGUACAUUGCCAAGCCUGCAUGUCCAGGUCCCUCCGUGGAUGGUCACGUUCUACCCCUCUGCCAGAUCACAGUGAAAAUUGGCAACGAGGCAAUCAUUCGCCGAAGGAUCAAGGGCUCCAAGCUGUUCCCCAGGAAGAAGAAAAGAAGCAGCGGGAGCCAGGUAGAGGAGUGUUGGGACCAGGGCCGGCCUACAGAGGGCAGCAUGGAGAGCUCCAGCCUCCGCUUCAGGACAGAGGUCACUUCUGUCAUAGAGCCAGAGCCAUGCGAUGACCUCACUGACCGUGACACAGCUGACAAGCUCUGGCGUCCCUAUUACUCUUACAAACCCAAGAAGAAGAGUAAGAAACUGAGAUCCAAACACAGAAAAGAGAAACGUUGUCUACGCUAUUCCAUGACAUCCUCAGUAGUGCCCAGGGCCAGCAAAGACUACCUGGAUAAAGGAUGCAGAAGUGCUGAAGAGAGCAUCUCCAGCGAGGGCACAGAGCUGAAACAACGUCUCAGAAACACCAGCCCAAAGACGACAUAUACCUGUGACAUCUGUGCAAGCACCUUCAUAACAGCAUCUGGUCUGAGAGCGCAUGUCAUUGGCUGUCACCCAACUUUCUGUCGGACCUGUGCAAAGCAGUGUCCCCCCGGCGAAUCCCCCAGUGCCAGCUUUGAGACCGCUGAGGACAGCAGGGAUUACGUAUGUAAGAGCUGUAUGGAAAAUGGCUCCUGCUUUGACAAUUGUCCCCGCAGCCCCAGCACAGAGAAGCGGUAUCAUUGCUCCUUCUGCCCCCAGCGCUUCCUCUACCUCGCAACCAAGAAGAGCCAUGAAAAAAAACACCAGGAGACAGCAGGAAAGGGGUACAGCAGCAACAACUACUCCACAGAUCCAAAACACCCAGCAACGUUGGACUUAGGCUUAAAUCUGAAAAAGCAUGUCAUCAAAACAGAGGAAGGGGAGGAUCAAUAUAGCAUUGACAAAGAGAGCAAAGCGCCAGCGGGAUUGCUAGGCAGGUUCUCAACAGAGAAGAUAGAGCCUAAGCACGAGGAAUGGGAGGACACAGAUGACUACAUGUCAGUGGCGCCCGAGAAAGAGAUUCCAUUUAGAAUUAAUAGUGAUGGACACUAUCAAAAAACUCCAAUGUCACCCCCCUGCACCGACACCUUUUCUCCUUCCCCUUCGGAGAUGCAGUAUAGAAAGCCUUCCCCUUCAGAUAUGCAGUACAGAAAGCCUUCCCCUUCAGAUAUGCAGUACAGAAAGCCUUCCCCUUCAGAUAUGCAGUACAGAAANUCAGAUAUGCAAUAUGCAGUACAGAAAGCCUUCCCCUUCAGAGAUGCAGUAUAG